AUGGCCUCGGUGUGGGCGCUUGUAUCCCCAGACGUCCCGCGCUGCAGCUUCCCCCCUGGCGAUUAUGGGCGGGUCGUCAAGGACAGCAACGAGCUCAACUCGAUCCUCAGCUUCUGGACGACGCAACGCGGCGCGUGUCAAGGUUUGCUCCGUCUCAAAGCAGGGCGAACCUACCACUUGAGCCAAGAGUACGUGUUUGACGGGCCCUACAACAUCAAGCUCACCGGCGGCCAGCGCGGGGCAGCAGCAAAGGCGUCCUUAGCGGCGCCCGCCACCAUCGUCAAGGCGUCGACUGCGGUGCGCCACUUCAGCUUCGUUGCAGGCGCGCGGAUAGCAAUGAAGGGCCUGCGCUUCCUGGGUUCGGAGAUGCCCGGCCUGAGAGUGCCCGCCUAUUCGCAGCUUUGCCCCACGCCCUUCACAUCCCAGCCCCAGGACUUCGGCGGGGCCAUCCUCCUCUACAGCUGCCCGGGCCGCAGCCGGAGCCAAGGCACUUUCACGGGCGUGGAGUUUGCUGGCAAUCAUAACCGCGUCGGUGGGGCGGUGGCGGCGGGGCCGUGGUCGUCUACACGGUUUGAUCGCUGCCGUUUUGUCCAGAAUGCGGUCCAAGGGGUCUGCAAUUUCUAUAAGAGCAGGGACGAGUGCACGGGGACUGGCGGGGCGUUGGCGCUUUUCGAUGAUACCUAUGUCAGCGACUGCACCUUCGAGGGGAACGCGGCCGCUGAGGGUGGCGGUGGCCUGUACUUCUGCCCGCGAGGCGAUAGCUCGGUGGUGACAGUGGAGGGCUCCCGCUUCUAUCGAAACACCGUGGGCUUCUACGGAGGAGCCAUAGCACUCGAGGAUAUGGCCACAUUGAGCGUUGACUUCCCUUGCGGUUUGGGGGCAUUGACAGUUCGCGACAGCGAAUUCGUGGGGAAUGUGGGGGUCAAUGGAGAGAUCUUGGGUGGCGGUAUCUACAACGGGCAGACUCUCUAUCUUAGCUGCUCAUGGGUCGUAGGCAACGAGGCCAUGGACGCCUCCGGACUAAGCUCCACUUGGGGUGGCGGGCUGUACCUCUCCGCUCACACUACCCCCUCUCGGACGGCCAUCCGCGGCGUCGUUUUCGAGCUGAAUAGCGCCGACUACGGGAACGACAUCUUCGUGGAAACGGGCAGCACGCUGACGUCGGUCGUCGUGCGCUCAUGCGAGACGCUGCAAGUCUCGUCGGCUACAGUGUUGCCACAGUGCGAGGACCUGAGCUGUGUGCGGACCACAGACAACGCGCAGUGGGGCUUAUUGACCAAAAGCCGCAGAAAUGCGACGAGCACCUGCAAGGCGCUGUGCAAGAACGCUACCCCACCGCAGGAGAGUGCGCAGUGUUACUACAUUGCCCCGCCCCUGCCUGCCUCCGGGUUUGUCGUGGCUUAAAAGAAGACGUGGCAUAACCAAUCCAUGAAAACGAAGGGACACCAUCUUUUUUCAUCGGGGGAGGGUGAAAAAACACCAGGAGAAG